ACCGAUAAAGGAACAAAUUGCGUGCCCAGGGGAAAAAUAAAAGCUGUAGGCCUUUACAUGUCCACUCCGUCUGCUGUCAUUAUGAGGAGGUAAAGCUUGCAGGGCAUCUAAAUCGCAGAGGUUGAGGUCAAGUGUUUGGAGAAUUGGCAAAAAUGGGCGACAGCGCGGAGGAGCUCGAGGCUCAUGCAGCCCAAAAUGGAAGCUGGGCAAGAACCGCAAAGGAUCUAUCCUCAGGUGCCGCUGGAGGUGUCGCGCAGGUACUGCUAGGUCAACCAUUUGAUAUCAUCAAAGUACGGCUCCAAACGACAUCCAAAUAUCCCAACGCUGUGUCAUGUGCGACCUCGAUCUUUCGAAAUGAAGGACCUACAGCGUUCUAUAAAGGAACCUUGACCCCCCUCAUUGGUAUCGGGGCUUGUGUCUCUGUGCAGUUCGGCGCCUUUCAUUACGCCCGCCGUGCUUUCGAGGAGCGGAAUCUGAAAGCCAACCGACCUGCCGACCUAUCCUAUGGCCAAUACUAUCUUUCCGGUGCCUUCGCUGGUCUUACCAACUCGGUUCUGUCAGGCCCCAUAGAGCAUGUCAGAAUUCGACUCCAGACUCAACCUCACGGGGCUGAUCGGCUGUACAGUGGACCCCUGGACUGUAUCAAGAAGCUGUCCGCUCAUGAGGGCGUGCUUCGUGGUCUCUACCGUGGCCAAGCCGUGACUUACUGGCGUGAAGCCCAGGCCUACGGUGUCUGGUUCCUUACAUUUGAGUAUCUUAUGGCGCAAGACAUGAAACGCAACAAUGUCAAGCGGUCUGAAAUCUCGUCUCCUAAGAUCGCAUUUUACGGCGGAUUGGCUGGCGAGGCAUUGUGGAUUGCAAGCUACCCAUUUGAUGUGGUCAAGAGUAAGAUGCAGACUGAUGGCUUUGGGCCCGAUCAAAAAUACAAGUCCAUGCGGGAUUGUUUUGCAAAGACCUGGAUGGUCGAAGGCAUGAGAGGCUUCUGGAAAGGUAUCGUGCCAACACUGGCUAGAGCGAUGCCCGUCAGUGCGGGCACCUUUGCAGUUGUUGAGAUGACCAUGCGCGCUCUUAGCUGAGCUGAUCAAAAGAGGUCGAUCCAUUGGAUGGCUUUAUUGGGCUUUUAGUAGCUGAGGACGGCUUCCAUAUCGAACAUGUGUUUAAACGAAUUGGGGAGUUACAAGCCAACGGGUUGGUGGGUGGCCGAAGGGUGU